UCAGUUUCCAGUUUUCCAUUGUGGCCAGCAGAGGGAGCGUCAUCUUUCAUCUUUCACUGCUGUUGCUUUUCAGGAGCGUCUGAUCUUCAUUCGACUUCUCACGUUAUAGCGUCUUAAAGCUCCCGGAUGACGCGGAGCCGAUCGUUUAAUAUAAUACCAGACCUCCAAACAAACUAACCAGCCUUCGACGGAGUUUCGACGGAGCACCGUGAUGAAAUUCUCGCUUCGUCACACAGGCGGGCGGACCGAAGCUCCGCUGGAGCACCAUUAGUGUGUAAAAAUAUUUAUAUGUGGAUCCAACCGAACCAGGACCGGAUCAUGAACGCGUCGCUGUGUCGCACGCCGUGCUGAAGUGGCGGGCCGCUGAAAACGGCGCGACUCUCGCGUUGCUGCUGCUGCUGUUGCUGUUAGCCUGAUCGCUGCUAACGGGCCUAAAAACCCAGUCUGAUCUCUACGGUCCGAUCUAAACAGCUGUGUGAGCUUUAAUAAGGUCCUCCAGCGGGGAGAGCAGAGGAUGGCCGGCCGCCUGAGCGCUGAGGAGGAGCAGGCCACUAAGCAGUUUCUGGAGGAGAUCAACAAAUGGACGUCUCAACAUGGCGUCUCGCCAUUGUCCUGGGACGUGGCCGUGAAGUUUCUGAUGGCCCGCAAGUUUGAUGUUCUGCGAGCAAUUGAGCUGUUUCACAGUUACAGGGAGACCCGUCUGAGGGAGGGAAUCGUCAAACUGCAGCCUCACGAGGAGCCGUUACGUUCUGAACUGUUGAGUGGGAAGUUCACCGUGUUGGGUGUUCGGGAUCCAUCUGGCGCAUCCAUCGCCCUCUAUACAGCUAAACUGCACCAUCCCAGCAAAACGGGAAACCAUGUGGUUCUUCAAGCCUUGUUCUAUCUACUGGACCGAGCUGUGGAGAGUUUUGAGACUCAGAGAAAUGGAUUGGUCUUCAUUUAUGACAUGGCUGGAUCCAACUACACUAACUUUGAACUGGACCUCAGCAAAAAAAUCCUCAAUUUGCUCAAGGGUGCAUUUCCAGCACGGCUGAAGAAGGUGCUUAUCGUUGGAGCUCCUGUGUGGUUCAGGGUCCCGUAUAACCUUCUGAGUCUGUUGCUGAAGGAGAAGCUCAGAGAACGGGUUCAAAUGGUGAAGAUGGCUGACCUGCGUCAGCAUCUGCCCAGAGAUUGUUUACCUGAGCACCUUGGUGGCUGUUUGCCUCUGGACGUGCACAGCUGGAACCUGCAGCUGCUGUCCGAGCAGAACGGACGCGUGGAUCCCGUGGAUGAGCUGGUUGGGAUUCCCCUGGAGAACACGUCUAUACACGUCCCGGGACCUGAGGCCAUGGGUCUGGCCGAGCUCAUGGCCCACCUGAACCGGGCCCAGCGCAGUGGGAUCUACCUGGAGUAUGAGGAGCUUCGCAGAGAGCAGCCACCUGGAACCUUUACCUGUGCACUGGCUGCUCACAACCAGGAGAGGAACCGCUAUGGCGACGUGCUGUGUCUCGAUCAGACUCGUGUGCGACUCAAAGCAAGGAGAAACGAGAGAUCAGACUACAUAAAUGCCAGCUUCAUGGAUGGAUACAAACAGAAAAAUGCAUAUAUUGGGACUCAGGGUCCAUUGGAGAAAACCUACGGAGAUUUCUGGAGAAUGGUUUGGGAGCAAAGUGUGCUUGUCAUCGUCAUGACAACAAGGACGGACGAGGGGGGCCGGAGGAAGUGUGGACAGUACUGGCCUAAGGAGGAGGGCGGUCAGGAGGUGUACGGGCACAUCGCUGUGGUCAAUCACAGAGUGGACAAACAUGCACAUUACAACCAAACCACACUUGAGCUGCACAACACUGAGACGUUUGAACAGAGACAGGUGACUCAUUUUCAGUUCCUCAGCUGGCCUGAUUACGGGGUCCCGUCCUCCGCGCUGUCUCUGAUUGACUUCCUGGGUGCCGUGAAGCAACAGCAGCAGUGGGCGGUCCAGGCUUUCGGCUCACAGUGGAGGGGUCAUCCGCUCGGCCCGCCCAUGGUGGUCCACUGCAGCGCUGGAAUCGGCCGGACCGGUACUUUUUGUGCGCUGGAUAUCUGUCUGUCCCAGCUGCAGGACGUCGGGACUCUUAACGUUUGCCAGACGGUUCGACGGAUGAGAGCGCAGCGUGCCUUCAGCAUUCAAACACCCGAGCAGUACUAUUUCUGCCACACCGCCAUCCUCGAGCACGCCCAGAGACAGGGCCUGCUUUCAGCCAAUCAGUGAGCAGCAGGGCCCACUCGUAGCCAAUCAGAGACCAGAAAGGUCUAAUCUCAACCAAUCAGUAAGAGGCAAUGCCUGCUGUUAUCCAAUCAUAAGACAAGGGUCGUUCUUGAUCAAUCGGCGACUCUCAGACAGGAUAAUUCCCAGUCAAAAUCACUGGGUUUUUGAUUAACCUGUCAUUAUUAAAAGACGGGCAGCAUAAAUAGUAACCACAAAAUGACUCCAUAUGAAAUGUUCAGUGAUCCAGCUGUAGUGUAGUGUAAUGUCGUGCUGCAUUUUGUGCUGAAAUUUGUCCAAAUUCAUACUGUGUUUUAAAUCAAAGCUCAGAAGUGAUUCAGAAUAAUACUGAACAUAAAAUUUCAAAAAUUUAGUUUUUUUUUAUUACAUAACAUCUCCGACCAACAGUCCGUCCUCAUGUUUAUAAAGGGUUAAUUUGCCCAAAAUGCAAUGUCUGUCUUUAUUUACUCACUCUCGUGUCGUUUCAAAUCUACUUGCUUAAUAGCCGAAUGUCAUUCUGCAUCUUUUGUGUUUCACAAAAGAAAGGAAGCCGUACAGGUUUGAAAUGACACGACGGUGAGUUUUUUUUUUUUCUUCUUUUCAUGAGUUUUCAUGUCCGACCCAUGGGAUGCAGUCAUUGCACACUAGAGAUUUUUAUGUAUUUGCUGGAAUUGAAUGCAGAUUUCUUGUCUAAAUUCUGUCUGUAUUCUGUAUCAGGAAUGUCUGUGUAGUUUAUAGGCCGUUUUUUCCAAUUGCAUCUGAAGAUGAUGGUUCAGACAGCCAGGAUGAGGAAAAGUCUUCUCCACAUCGACUGGGUGGAUCGGUAAACCUCUAUAACGCAACAAUUACUCAACUAAUAUAGUCUUUAUUUAGUGUGGUGUAAAUGUGAGAUGGCUACAUUGAGACAUUUACACUUUUGUCUGUUAAUAUUGUACUAAUAACCUGUUAAACGCUCCUGUAAAGUGCAUUUAGAAUGGCUUUUUAUUUUGUUGUGGGUUGAAAGAGUCUUUGCUACUGAAUUCAUAUUGAAUUUCCUUGUAGUGAAGCAUCUGUACACACUCCCAAUGAUUCCAGGAUCUGCAGGCCUGCCUUAAGGGCACACAAUGUGACCAAUUGUAUUUUUCUAUUAUACCCACGCUUUACGUCUUUACUUAUUACUCCCAAAUAUAUAUAUACGUAAAUUAUAUUUUCUUUUAUAUCCAGUUUUAUCUUUUCUUUCUUCUCGUUUCUUAUGUCAAUGGAAAAACUAACCUGUAAUGUCAAGGCUUGCGGUUCUGUUAGUGAUUUAAAGUGCUUUGCUCUGCAGUUAAAGAGCCUUAUUCCUCAUGUACGUUUGGAUUGAGUGAAAUGUUUAUGUGAAAAGACUGUACAGGUUUCGGCUCUCUCUGUGUCCAUCUUGAUCUCAAAACCGUGCUGUUCAAACUGCAAUAUCAUUUGAGCAAAACCAAAUCAAAACCAUGUGUUUUAAAGUUUAUUAAAUGGAAAAACUAUAUUGA